AUGGUAUUUACGUUUGUCAUUGACAAUUAUGUCAACAAGUAUCUUCCUCGAAAUCAGCUCCACAAGCUCCCCAGACCAGUUUCUUUCUUUUUGGGGUAUCAUGAUCCACCACAUCCGCGUUCUCCCGUCCCGGAUUACAUACUAUGGCUCGAGAUUGCUAUUGGUACAUUCAGCGGGCUAGCACUAAUAAUGGGUGUGUUUAUGCACCACAAUGUCUUUACAGACCAUCACCAUGCGCCUAUACUAUUAGCAUCGUACGCUGCAUCGGCUAUAUUAUGCUUUAAUACCUCGCAAGUUCCACUAGCGCAGCCGCGUAAUGUGUUUAUGGGCCAUUUCGUUGCGGCAUUAAUUGGAACAUGUAUUCAAAAAUUGUUUAGCUUGAGCGAGCACGCUAGGGAUAAUUAUUGGGCAAGUGCUGCACUUAGUGUUGCCGUGAGCUCGGUAGCAAUGUCUAUUCUUAACUGUAUCCACCCACCCGCUGGGGCAUCAGCUGUAUUACCUAGUAUUGAUGCGCAAAUUAGACAGAUGUCAUGGUGGUAUUUGCCUGUGCAGCUUAUAAGCUCGGUGUUGAUACUCUCAGUUGCAUUAAUUACCGGAAAUAUUGUGAGGUCGUAUCCGGUGUACUGGUGGAGUCCAGGAAAAGCAGGGAAGAAGCCGUCGACGCCACUGUCACUGACGAGGGAGGAAAGAAUUCUGAGGCGGGGUCCAACUGAUGAAGAGAAACAAAUAGAAAGUAGCAUCGAAAGCAGUACUUCGGAUGCCGAGGAUGGAGCUGGCGGUACUAUGAAUAUUGAUCGAGCUACGAGUGGAACUAUGAUCACUAUAACUCCCGAUCUGAUAAUAUCUCCUGAAUUUUUAGAUUUGGACGAAGUACAAAUUGAUUGGUUGAAAAUGUUGCAAUCGAAAUUGAUCUCGUCAGAAGAGGAGCAAAGGCGAAAGAAAAGGAGAAGUAUCAGCCAGAACCUGAGGCUGAUCCUGAGACGGACUAGUCUUAGAAGAGAAGACGAAGAAAAAGGAGAGGACGAAGUUGACCAUGGAUCGAUAAACCAUAAUGAGCAGACAAAAGGGAAGGCUACAACAAGUUCGUGA